UUGAUUUUUCUCGCUGCUGCUGUUCUUUCCGUAGCUGUCGGACAAUACAAUAAUGGCCAUGGACAUGGACAUGGCCACGUGCAGUCGUCUCAGAACAUAGUACUGCAUCAGAGCCACGGCCAAACUGCUCACAGAGCGCCCGCUGUAGUCUUGCACCACCAGCCCGCACAUUACGCAGAACACAACGACCAUCACCAGGACUACUAUGCGCCCCCACACUAUUCGUUUGAGUACUCUGUAGCCGACUCGCACACGGGUGACAUCAAGUCCCAGCACGAGAGCCGAGAGGGUGAUGCUGUGCACGGUUCCUACAGCUUGCACGAGUCUGAUGGCACUAUAAGAACUGUUGAAUAUACCGCUGAUGGUCAUAAUGGAUUUUUUCUCGCUGCUGCUGUUCUAUCCGUAGCUGUCGGACAAUACAAUAAUGGCUAUGGACAUGGACAUGGCCACGCGCAGUCGUCUCAGAACAUAGUACUGCAUCAGAGCCACGGCCAAACUGCUCACAGAGCGCCCGCUGUGGUCUUGCACCACCAGCCCGCACAUUAUGCAGAACACAACGACCAUCACCAGGACUACUAUGCGCCCCCACACUAUUCGUUUGAGUACUCUGUAGCCGACUCGCACACGGGUGACAUCAAGUCCCAGCACGAGAGCCGAGAGGGUGAUGCUGUGCACGGAUCCUACAGCUUGCACGAGUCUGAUGGCACUAUAAGAACUGUUGAAUAUACCGCUGAUGGUCAUAAUGGAUUCAACGCUGUUGUACAUCGUGAGGGUCAUGCUACCCAUGCUGUUCCCGUUCAACAUCAUCAUUGA